AUUAAUUCGUUGCAGGUUUUGUAAUUCAUUUAUUUCUAAGUGUAGCGAAAUGUUUUUCUCUGAAUUUUGAUAGGACAGCACUAAUAAACAUUUCAACAUCAUUAUUAACCUUCACAUUCACAUUACACUUAAAAAAAAUUUUAAAAACAAAUCACGAAAUCGAAAUCUCGACGAACCAACCCAAAAAAAACAUGAAUUUACAUCGAUUUAAUUGGUCUUAUAUGUUUUUCAUUAUUAUCAUUGUAUUAAACCAAUUUGUUUGAAUUUGGCGGAUCCAGGAUAUCAAGAGUGAAGGAACGAAUCGUUGUGUUUAACAGUGUAUAGUGUGUUGAUAUUGGGCAGGAUAAUUGACGUUUGCCAUGUCACGAACUGCGCAUGUGCAGGUGCACCCAUGCUGCUAUCAACACAUGUAUCCAAAACACACACUACCUGUGUAAAUAUUGGUUCGAAUAGUUGACAGCAGAUAAAUUCAAAACAAACGCAAAAAGUGAUUGUAUACAUUAAUGAUGUGCUGUGUUUAAAUUCUUCACGAGGCAAAUAUUGUUUCUGUGUUUAAUUGAUCAAAGAGUCUUUUCCAAAUCAAAGAACCAUUAGUAAAAAUCAUUCGUUGCAAGUGUCCUUCCUGUAUUAGUCAUCUGUGUCAUUGCGUUUUUCUUCAAACAUUUUUUGUUUGCAAAACCGAGUGUAGAAAAAUCAAUUUUGUAAAGUGAAAAAAAAAAAAUGGCUCGACCUGGUCUAGUGGGAAUGGUUGGUUUGAAUAAAAAGAGAGAAAAGCAUGUCCACGUUGAAACUGAUGAAGAGCUACUGCAAGCGUAUAAAAAAAGUUUCAAACUCACGUCACGCGUUGAACUAACGAUAAGCUGUAAAAAUCUACCGAAUAUUCAUCGCCUGCGAGGCAUUUCAGAUCCAUUCUGCGUAAUUUCCGUAAAACGUCCAUGGCAAGAGCGAUACGUUGAAAUUGCUCGCACCGAAACGAUUGAAAAUCAAUUGAGUCCGCAAUGGUUUAAAAAAAUCGUGCUCGAUUAUAGUUUCGAGGCAAUACAACACGUUCAAUUCGAAGUUCGCGAUAAGGAUUUGGACGAGCAUGAUUUUCUGGGACGAUACCAUACGACACUUGGUGCAUUGGUUUCAUCGAACGGUCGACAAGUGGUCGGGAAAAUGAUUGGUAAAAUCGAUGGGGAAAUUAUUCGCGAUAAAAGCGAAAUCAUUAUUGUAACUGAAGAAGUUUCAAAUUGCAAACAAGUUAUGGAAAUUCAAUUUGCGGCUGAAAAUCUACCAAAACGAAAAUGGUUCCGCAACAAUGAUCCAUUCUUGGUGAUUUCACGCAUGAAUGAAGAUGAUUCGUAUUCAGUGGUUACAAGAACUAAAGACGCUGAAUCGAGUCAAAAUCCCGAAUGGGAAACAUUAAAAAUUCGCGUUGCAGCACUUUGCCAUGCGGACUUUGAUCGAAAAAUCAAAAUUGAGUGCUUUAGCGACAGGGGAAAUGGUUACCAUAAACUGAUUGGAGCAUGUUACACGACGAUCAAUGAAUUGAAUGCAAUUUAUCAAGAUGAAAAAUCGCUAACGUUGAUCCAUGACGAAAAACAAAAAUCCGAUCCGAACUACGUUGAUUCAGGCAUAUUGAAAGUGAUUAAGAAUAGCAUUGCCGAAGAAAUAUCGUUCUUGGAUUACUUACAAGGCGGAACACAAAUGCAUUUCGCCGUCGCUAUCGAUUUUACAUCUUCGAAUGGUAAGCACACCCAUCCACAAUCACUGCAUCAUUUAUGCGAGGAAAAGAUGAACAACUACGAGCUCGCUUUACGUGGUGUCGGCGAAACACUACAACAUUAUGACAGCGAUCAACUGUUCCCAGCUUUUGGUUUUGGUGCAAAAUUGCCAUGUGGCACGGUUUCAUUCCAAUUCCCGUUAAAUAAUAACGCCGAACAUCCGUACUGUUCGGGUGUUGAAGAAAUUCUUGAAAAUUACAAAGACCAAUUGAAUGCAGUUGAACUUCAUGAGCCGACCAACUUCGCUCCGGUUAUAAAAGAUACCAUUGAAAUUGCCAAAAAGUAUCAGGAUGGAAAGCAUUAUUUCGUGUUGUUGAUCAUAACGGAUGGAAUUAUAUCCGAUAUGACGUUGACGAAGGAGGCAAUUAUAGAAGCAUCCGGUUUGCCCAUAUCGAUAAUCAUUGUCGGAGUCGGUGAUGCUGAUUUUGAAGCCAUGAACGAACUUGAUGCCGACGACAAAGAGCUUAAUCUUGAUGAUCGUAUUGCUGAACGUGAUAUCGUCCAAUUCGUUCCUAUGAAUAAAUUCCUUACAGAAGAUGGACCAGACCAUAAACCUCAAGCAGAUUUGGCAGAAGAAGUAUUGGCAGAGAUUCCAGAGCAAUUUACAAGUUAUAUGAAAUCACGUGGAUUCGAACCAAGUGAAUGUGAAUCCGAGCCGACCGAUACACUCGAAAGAGAUGAAAAAAUAACCACUGAGUGUGAAGCGAAAUGAACUGAUACAAACACGUCCAAAAAUCAUUAUUAAUAACAAUUUAUGGUCAAUCUGAACGAACUCGAAAAAUCGACAUUCGCGAAAAAGAACUUUUAAAGGGAACGAAUUUGAAUACGAUGAGAAAAUACAACUGGGUAGAACAUGAUUAAUCGACAAAAACAUCAGAAAAAUCAAAAUCAUUGAUUAGUAAAUGGCGAUUAAGAUUUAAGUAAAACGAAAAUGUUUCGUUUAUUGAUCAAUCUAAUGUAAUAGCUCAGUUGUAUAUUCAUCAUCGAUAAAUGAAUGCGUCGAAAAAUAUUUGCACAUUAGAACGAAACAAACUUUUUGUUAGAUGGAUGCGGAAGGCCAUAUUUUGCACACAGACGUGCAAUUUUACGUAUUACAGUGUUCCGCAUUUAUGAAACAACAGAAUUUUAUUUCGCUUUGUUCUGCAAAUAUUCUGAGUUGCGCUUUGAUACUUGAGCAUAUCGAAUAAAGCGCAUAUUAAAUCUUUUCAUUCUGACGCGUACAAAAAAAACAAUAAAUCAAUAUUACACUCAGCUUUAUUCCUGCAUCAAUUCUCCCAUUUUGCCCCAUUUUAAGAUACCACCAUAUCUCGAGCAAAAGGUACGCACAGUCUAGGGGGAUUUAACUACGUGAAAACUUGUAAAAAAAAAUGAUAUAAAUGCGCACGAAAUUGUUACAUUCACCAGAGAACUUGCAUGAUUCCACUCAGUUGAUAAGUUCCGUAUUAAAACAACAUGCGCGAACUUGUGCGAACGCGCGCGAGUUCGUGUGCAAACAUGAAGCUGGACGACGCGCACACAUCAGUCGUUCCAUUUAUUAUAUCUGUAUUAAUUUUUUCUUCCAACACUUUCUCCAGCUCUUUAAAAAUAUUUCCUUUGUCCAUUUUAUAAUUAUAUAAAUCUUUGAACUUUUGGAAAAGGAUGUGAAAAAUCUUUAUACACGUAAACAACCGAUUUUUAACCGAUGUUGUCAAAUAACAACUUGAAAAACGCGCAAAACCAUAAACAAACUUGUGUAAACUUGUGACCGUGCGCGUCAGUACGGACAACGAACGCGUCGAACUUCCGCGAAUCAAGCGAACUGGCAGAAAACAUGCUGCACUUGUAAGAGUUAAAUUCCCCUAGCGCACAGUACAUAAGAGCCAAUGCAAAAGUUAAUUGAUGCGCAUAAGUAGCGCCACCUCUAAUGAUUACAGAGAGUUACCAUAAGUCGUAUGCAAUUGAUGUUGAGAAAAUGAAGAAGAAGAAGUAGACAUUCUAUUCAUUCACAUUGCAAUAAUGGCAAUCAGUAGAGAUGGUGCUCAUGUGCCGAUCAUAUCACUGUUACAACCCUUCGAUCUCGAGCAUAUUGACAGCAUUGGCAUUGCGAAAUAUUUGUACACAUUCUAAGCAUUUCAGGCAAGUUCGCGCAAAGCUAAAUGGAAGUUUUAAGUAAUUUGCGCAUAAUACAUUACUUACUAUACGAUAGUUUCGGCAAAGGCGACAGAUGACACUGACUGUUAUGUCAAAGUUUCGUUCAUACAAAACCUAGGGGCGAAAAUCGAAUUCUAUUAGAGUCUAGUUACAUUCAAUUUUAUAUAUUUUUUGCUUUAUGUCCUCUAAUUUUUCUAGUUUUGGUGCAAAAGUGCUAAUAUUGUGCCAUUAUUUCUAGUAAACCCGCUUGCAGAGCGUAUUACACUGUGAAUACAACGCUUAUGGAAAGAACUAACGGAACUAUUUUGUUAACAAUCAACAAUACGUCCAUAAGCGUUAACAUUGGCAAACCAAACUCACUAAUUUCUCCUAUUUUUCCUAUUAUCGUUGAAGAAUGUUCUAAUUUUACUCAUUUAAGUUUCGUGUCUCUCCCCUAGUACAAAACUCAUAGAAUACUCGAGAUAUGGAUACCAUAUAUCUCGUAUUUCCGAAUUUCUCACGAUUUUUACACAUUUUAUCGUUAAAAAUACUUUCUUGCAUCCAUUUUCAAUUAUUGUAAAAUUACCGAAUUAAAAUCAAGAGAAUUCACAAGAUUGAAGGUUUUUGGCUUUGCAAUAAAAAUUAAUUGAUUUGAUUAUUUUCCACACUAA